CUUUGUAAAAUUUAUUUACAGUAAUAAUGCAACAUGUACGAAACUGUGGGCCACAAAUGUUUAUUUACAGCCGUAAAGGUGGAACACUUUUAGCAAUAAACGAUUUUAUUUAUCGCUCAAAUUUAAAAAGAUUUGGAAGAAAUAGUGAUAAAGUAUAUUGGGAGUGUAUACACAAUCGUUCCAAAAAGUGUCGAAGCCGUUUGAAGACAAUAGGUGAUGACCUCUACGUAACGAAUGAUGUACACAAUCACAUGGGUGAUGGACAACGGAUUGCCGUUGCAAGGCGAGCGGGUUUGUUAAUUUAUAAAAAGUUUAGUUCCAUAGGUCAAAAUGUCGGAAAAUUACAAUGUAAUGCGAUUCCACUGACAAGUUAAAAUACGUUCAUUCAUUUGUUUGUCAAUAUUCAUACAUACACGUAUGUAUAUAUGUAUGUAUGUGUAAAUAUGAGGUACCUCGUUAGGAUAGGUAUGAUAGAAUAAUUUAUGUACAUAUACAUAUGUAUUUUAUAGACUGCGAGAUCCUUCUAAUAAUAUCCAAUAAACAUUUAAGAAAUUAAUAUUAUUUAGAUCUAUUUAUAAUAUCGUUGUUUUUAAACUAGAAGCAGUCCAAAAAACUUCCCAUUAGUCAAUUUAAAAUAAUUUUACACGUUAGGUUAAUUAUAGUAUGUAAUGAAUUUCUUUUUAUUAUGCUUUUAUUUAAACCUUCCAUUCUUCAGCUAACAAGAUUGUCUGAUUUGUUUGGUUAGUUAAACCAUAUCAUUUAUUAGUUGCUGAAAUAUAGUAUUAUAAUUAAAAUAAAAAUUUUAGUUGCUAAAAUGAAUACAUAUAUAAUACACAUAAAACUUAUAUAGGUUCCUUACAAAUAAGAACUAUUAAGUUUACGUAAUAAAGCAAUCACUCGAUAAUAUA